AUGGAAGCGGCAGCGGAUCAAGAGCUCCCCAGCCAAAUUACAUGCUUUGAGAUUCUCCCAAGGCUACCAUCCAAGUCCCUGAUGCGCUUCAAAUGCGUGUGCAAGUCUUGGUCCUCUCUCACCCACAACCCUUCCUUUGUCAAUGCCCAUCAAAACUUGGGCUGCAACAAGCACACUCACCUCCUCCUCUCUGCCUUGGACAAAUCCACAAGGCAGCAACACUUCUUCAGCUCACAAAUCAACCAACAAGGAAGCCAAACACCCUCCGUCCAUCUUCUAAGCCUUCCAACGCCGCGCACCAAGAACGAACGUCUCUACCUUGCGCAGAGUAUCAACAGCUUGGUCUGUCUUUACCUUCAUAACACCUUUGUUCCCAAUCAAACUGAUCCUGACCACCCUGUUCGAGUAUUUAACCCCUGCACCCGAGAGUCUAUCGCUCUUCCCCAUGCUUCACCAGCUUCCCACACAGCCCAUGUUACACACCAUUUCGGGUUCAGUCAUCUUACAAAUGAGUAUAAGGUUCUCCAAGUGCAAAAGUUUGUCCCUACCUUGAGGGGUAACCAUUUUAUGUUCAAGAUAUUCAAAUUGGGGACAAGUUCAUGGAGGAACAUCGAGGUAGACCUUAAUGAUCUCCCUUCUGAUCCUCUUAAGUGCCCGUUUGAUUCUCGAAGCCUGUGCGUUAAUGGGGUCAUACAUUGGUUGCAUGCGACACAAAAUGUUAUAUUGGUUUUUGACAUUGUUGAAGAGAAGUUCAGAGCAAUCCCGUACCCUAAAGAUUAUAAUUGUUUUCUGCAUUUGGUUAGUUAUAUAAUUGGAGUGGAUGGACGUUUGGCUCUUGUAGCUGACGAGCAGUUGAUGGGACAGGACCUGAUGGGGCUGUGGAUUUUGAGGGACUACCAAAACCAGGUGUGGCUUAAGGAGACCAUCACUCUGCCCUUUGUUUGGAGGGAGGUAGGGUACCCUCUUCCUUGUUGUACCAUUCACACAGGUGAGCUCCUCUUCCAGUCUUCAGGGUUAAGCAGGCAUCACCCUGCCUAUAUGAGGGAGCAUUUAUACAACAUGAAGACUGCAAGUUUUAGGGCAAUUGAUGAAAUUGUUUUGCCCCCCGGAUCGACAUUUCUGAAGGAUAAUGCAUUGAAUUUACUUGCUAGUUACGAGGAUAACAUUGUGCCCUUAUGA